UAGAAACUAUAUUUAGUGAUGACGACACUGCCAUGGUGCAAAUAUACUCAGGUAAGCGAACUUCAUUUCCGUUUUAUUUUCCGUGAUUUUUCCUUUCCCUUUCCUGCCUUUUUCCCUCUUUCUUUUUCCCUCUUUCUUUUUCCCCGCUCUCCUGAUUUUGUUUGUGUAGUAGAAUUUUUUUUCUCCAUGCCUAAGUUUCAGCGUCAUUAUACUAUUCUUCAUAUAUCUUUUCGAAUGACUUGAGCCCAUAAUAUCAAUGUCAGAUGUACGUUAAAUUUAGUUUACCUUCGUGCUCACUUGGUCCGAUAGAGACAGCUCGACGGAACUAAGGAAUAAGAAAAGUCAAACACUCCGCAAAGGUGAUACUUGCCUAAUGGCGAAAGCACUACCGCCUUGUCACCAGUUUGCAUAAUAGCGUGGUUUCGGAAAGCAUACCGCACAAUUGACUUUAUUUAGUGACUUACUAUAGCAAUAAUAGUGACCGUAACGUAUGAUAACAUCACUAUUGAGUGUAGCAACAAAAUCCCAAUAAAGAAGGGCGUCAGGCAAGGAGAUACGAUCUCUCCAAUGCUAUUCACAGCGUGUUUACAGGAGGUAUUCAGACACCUGGAUUGAGAAGAAUUGGGGAUAAGUGUUAAUAGAGAAUACCUUAGUAACUUGCGAUUCGCUUAGUAACUCAGGGGACCAAUUGCAAUGCAUUCUCACUGACCUGUACAAGCAAAGUAGAAGGGUGGGUCUAAAAAUUAAUCUGCAGAAAACAAAAGUAAUGUUUAACAGUCUCGGAAGGGAACAGCAGUUUACGAUAGGUAGCGAGGCACUGGAAGUGGUAAGGGAAUGCAUCUACUUAAGGCUGGUGGUGAUCGCGGAUACGGAUUAUGAGGCUGAAGUAAUCAGAAAAAUAAUGGGCUGAGGUGUGUUUGGCAGGCAUUCUCAGAUCAUCAACAGCAGGUUGCCAUUAUCCCUAAAGAGAAAACUGUUUAGCAGCUGUGUCUUACGUACGGGGCAGAAACGUGGAAGCUCACGAAAAGGGCUCUACUUAAAUUGAGGACGACGCAACGAGCUAUGGAAAGAACAAUGAUGGGUGUAACCUUAAGGGAUAAGCAGAGAGUAGAUUGAGUGAGGGAACAAACCGCGAGUUAAUGACAUCUUAGUUGAAAUCAAGAAAAAGAAAUGGGCAUGGGCAGGGCAUGCGAUGAGGAGGGAAGACAACCGACGGUCAUUAAGGGUUAUGGACUGGAUUCCAAGGGAAAGCGUAGCAGGAGGCGGCAGAAAGUUAGCUGGUGUGGCGGUCUCCAGGGUAGCGUACUCCACCGCUGCCGACAGUUGUUGCGAUGGCUUUUGCUCGCAGCUCGAGAGCCGUUACUGUUGGGUAGCGUGACGUUGUAGGCAGGCUACAGGCGUCUGGUAGACCAUGGCGUUCAAGCAGGGACAAGACGACUUCUAGUGCGUAACUUGCACUGUUUUUUCAAUGGUUGGUGAAAGAGAGGAAAAAGAGAAUGAAGUGAAAGUGUACAAUGCGGGGACCUUUGAAUGGGCCCACAAAGAUCGUAGGCGGGAUCUUGCUCAAGUCGACGUCACGUGACAUGCAGAGUCCCACGGAGCUUGGCGGCGGCACCCACUUUCCCAGUACGAUGUUUUCCCGAGCUUGCCUUCUACUGGCGGCAGCCCGCGGGUCCUGGGGAUCGUAGGCAGCUGAUCCAUUCUCUUUCGCGCGUCCUUAGUUGGCGGAAAGGGUGUCUGGUUGUGGAUGGGUGGCUUAUCCAUUCUCCCAGUUGUCUUCACGAGCGUGCCUCCACUGGCGGCAGCCCGGGAGUCCUGUCUGGUCCGCGGAUAGCGUGCUCCCUUAGAGUUGGCUUUUCGUGGAAAUGGUUUUCACGCACACACACACAGAGGCCUCUGAACGCUGCGGGGCAUCCGCUAGACCGGCAUCCACUCGAGACAACCAUAGCAAAUUAGGAAUCCAUUCUUCGUUUCGCUUAGGUAUGCAAACACACGAGGGGGCCUGUAAGUACUGCGGUGCACCUGCCAGACCGGUAACCACUCGAGACAACCACAGCAAACUAGGAAUCCACCCUCCGUUUCGAUGAGGCAUGGUGGUUGAACAUCCUAUUUACCCGGGGUGUUACACGCCAACCGUAACAGUCGGCCGAUGAGAUUAUGAAGUUUGCAGGUACAACAUGGCCACAAUUAGCACAUGACCGUGGUAGUUGGAGAAGUAUGGGAGAGGCCUUUGCCCUGCAGUCGGCAGAUCCAGGCUGAUGAUGAUUUAGUGACUUGCUAUAGCAAUAACUGUGGCCGUAACGUACGAUAACAUGGUCUACUAGGAGUCUCAUGCAAGUUGUCGCGUUUAGUCUGACGACCCUUGAGCCGACUGCCUUCUCCGCUACUGAAUUUGACACAAGUUCGCUGCAUGCAAUGUUUUCGUCUACCGAUUGUAGAAUGCACAUCGUGACCCGGAAAGGCUUUGGUGCCGGGUUCGAGUCGCGGACCAUGACGAAUUUUUCUUCAACUGUGAGGCUUUCCUUUUGAGGAACUCGUAUGGGUUUCCUUCGUAGCAAUUGCUACGAAAGGGUGGGUGUCUGAUUUUCCCUUUAUAAUUAUUUCUCCUCACAUUGCGGCUGGAGAGAAGUAACUAUUGCGUCAAACUCUUGCCUUUGCUUUGAGUUGUUGACAAAUUCGACUUCGCUCUGCCACCUGUUAGCCGCCUGGUUAGCUCAGAUGGUAGAGCGGCUGCCCCGGAAUGGCGGUCGUCCCGGGUUCGAGUCCCGGACCAGGACGAAUUUUUCUUAAACCGUCAGGCUUUUCUUUCGAGGAACACGUAUGGGUUUCCCUUGUAGCAAUUGUUACGAACGGGUGGAUGUGAUUUUUCGCUUUGUAAUCGUGCCCAUAUGUGUUCCGGUGACCCGCCGAGGUGAUCUAUUUGCAAUAUGAUGUGAUGCCGUUCAACACCUACGAUUGAGAGGAAAAUACUUUCUGACGAAGCACAAUGCGUAUAUUACAUGACUGUUUGUUCCUGGACUCAGUCGCUAAACGCGAGCUGCGCGUAAGGGCCAACAAUGUCUGAAGAAAGCGAUAAUACCUAUGGGCAAACGCCAAAGACGGAACAUUGCCCUCCCUAUAUACUGCUUGACGUGUGCAGCCGAAAGGGUAGCCUAAUAAAAAUGUAAGGUUAAAGUAAUGAUAAGCAAAACAAAUAGUAUUUUUGCGAUGCCGAAACAAGCCCAAGUGCUGUUCAUGACGCAGGCACAAAUACAGACGGCUCAAGCCGACAUCUUAAAACAUGGCGACCGAAGCGUAGCAGCAAGAACACAUACAGCGUCCUAGUAGUCUUUGGUUUGGCCCUUUUAGCCACCUUCAUCGCGAUGAUAUAAACAAGGGCUACGCAGGGACAAAUAUUUUAGAAGUUUACCGCGGCUAUUUGUCUUCAUUCUUAAUAAUCAUGGAUUAUGCCUUAGUUUUUAUACAGGCAACUAUGCCAACGCAGAAAAGCGCUCAAACGAGAAACCAACGUAGGCGAGGCUGAGGAAAGCAUACCGGCAUUAACAUUGCUUCCACGCGCACAGUUCGACGUACUUUCCUUCGCAAGCGUUGCAGGUGUGUUUCCGCGCUAGCAAGCCGCUCAUAAAUCUUUCCUCUGCGGCUUUGCGGCUGCCAGAGACGCCGCUUUCCCCGAUCGCUGUAUUCGCAGUCGAAGCACUUAUCGGACAACGCGCCUGCCGGCUUGCCGAACCUUCUCGUUCACCACUGUCUCCGCAAUGUCAGGAGUUUACACCAAGAAAUGUGUCGACGACGUAUGGGAUGUUUCCGAAGGGGCGCUUCCUUUCAAACUGCAGCGGAUAGCUGAAGUUGAGUUGGGAGAGACUUCAGUGAAGAGGAAAGAAGCCCUGGAGAGGCUUUCUGAACUGUUGGAAGAAGAGGAAGGCCUCUGUCCGAGACAAGAUGCCGCAUUCCUUCUGCGGUUCCUACGCGUGCGGAAGUACAACGUGGAGGCGGCGCUGCGUACCAUCCGCAACUACUACCGGAACCGCAACACGAGUGGGACCAUCUUCGAGGACUUAACGCCAUCCAGCAUAUCGGAAGCAACACGCCGGAUUAUGAUGAUAAUGCCGGGACAGGAUGUUUGCGGACGCCCCAUCUUUCUUUUCAAGAUCGGAUCGUGGGACAUCGUGGAAUCUUCUUACGUCGAAAUGCACCGGGCCGUCAUGCUCUGCCUUGAGCAUUUAGCGAAAGAUGCUACAACGCAAACACUGGGCAUGGUCAUGCUGUUCGACUACGCUAACCUGACGCCACAAAAAGUGCUCUCCAUCAAUGUGGGCUUGAUUCGAAGAGGCUUCGAGUACCUUCAGGAUUGCAUGCCCAUGCGCCUGAAGGCCCUGUACGCCGUACGAGAGGGGUUUGCAUUCGACAUGAUCUACGCGUUGGUGCGGCCAUUCCUCAAGAACAAGCUUACCGAAAGGUUUCAUCCGUACGGAGAAAACUUUGAAGAACUCCACAAGCAUGUAGACCCUCACGUCUUACCUAAGGAGUACGGUGGAGACGCACCUCCAUUAGACUUUACGGAAUUCUGGAGCAGGCUUGAGAGCUAGCUGGACGAGUGUAAGGAGAACAGCAAGUGUGGCUACAUCACGAAUAACUGCCAUUUUGUCACGGAUGCGGAAAUUCAAAAUGAAGUCACGUUUCUGUAAUAAAGAUACAGCAAACAGGA